AUGUCAAUUACAAUGUCAUUUGCAAAUAUUCCUGAUAAAGCAGCCAAUGUUCUCUUGGAUGGAAUUAAAGGGGAGAAUCUUAAUGACGAAGACCUGUUGAGAAUUCAUUCGCUCUUUGGAAAACAGGCCUUUGAAGCCCUCAACUUGCUGGAAGAGGGUGCUGUUGUCAAGAUAACAUCUCCAAGUGGAAGAUUUAUUUACAAGGUGAAUCAAAGGGGUGUUAGCUAUUACUGCAGCAGAAGUGGUCAUUUUUGUGCCUGCAUGAAGGGAGAAUCCAUACAAACAUCGCCGUUUGGACGAUCCUGGUGCCCCCAUUUGCUAGCCGUGGCACUCUCGGAUGCUAUAAGCAAGACUCAGACGAAAACAAUAUCUGAUCAAGCAAUAACCCAUGCCGUUGAAAUGCUCUUUAAAAUAUCCUAA